UACUGGAGAGGGCUGGAGACAGACAAUAAACGGCAGGAAUUAAAGAUCCGUCUGAUUAAAUAAGACAGAGAAUCCUACUUUCUUUAAUAUAAACACGUUGAGAGAAAGUGAAGUCGUAAAUCUAUUUUUAUUUCUGCCUCUAACCGGAGAAAAGAUAAACUCUUCGAGUUUUACUCGCACUGCAGGUAAAUCGGGGAAAAAAGACCAAGGAAGGUUAUUUUCUAAGGAUGCAUUCGACAGUGUACUACGUUGGCGCCUUCGUCUUGUCUGUGACGCUUCUUCAAGCGAGCGGCCUGGACACCAUGGUGGGCCUGUACGGAGAGACCAUUGAAGUGGCCUGCAACAAAGGAGUUGCGCCUCCAGCUAAUCUGUUUGUUAAAUGGAAAUAUGACAAGGACGACGGGACCAGCGGAGACCUGCUCGUCAAGAAGAAGGACUCCACGUCCAUCCUGGCCGCAGACGACUACGCCAACCGGGUGAACAUCACCGAUAGAUACAGCCUGCUCAUCGCCCAGGCCAACCUGGGGGACCAGAAGACAUUCACCUGCAUGGUGGUGACCGAGUCCGACGUCCUGACGUCCCGGGUCAACCUCCUGGUGCACAAGAAACCAUCGCCUCCGACAAUCACAGAGAAAGCAGAGGACCUGGAGAAUGGGAAACUAACCACGCUAGGGAAGUGCGUAGCAAAAGACGCCAACCCAGCUGCCAACGUCUCAUGGACCAGGAACGGCCAGCCAUUGGCUGACGAUGGGAAAACGGUCAUAAUCACGCCAGUCACAGAGGUGGACCAAGAGACAGGCCUUUCCACCACCACCAGCACGCUGCAGUACACCGCGUCCAGGGACGACAUGGCCGCCAAAUUCGCCUGCAGCGCCCAGCACAGCCUGGGCCCGGACCAGGAGACCGCCCCCAUGUCCUUCUCCAUCCACUAUCCCACCGAGAAGGUCAGCCUCCAGGUGAACACCCAAGGGCCCCUGAAAGAGGGGGACAACGUGACCCUCAAGUGCAAGGGCGACGGGAACCCUCCCCCCACCAGCUACGACUUCUACAUCAAGGGCCAGAAAGUGACGGUGGACUCGGACACCCACACGCUCGUUGGGGUGACGCGCGACGACACCGGCGAAUACAAGUGCUCCCUCGUCGGGAACACUGAGGUCGUCGCCUCUGAAAACAUCACUGUCAACUUCCUGGACGCCGGUCUGAGUCUCUCGGGGACGGUCGUGAGGAAGGUUGGGGAGAACGUGACGGUGAAGGUGCAGAAGAGCGCAUCCGGCAACGUUAAGGUUUCCUGGACGAAGGACAAUGAGAAACUGGAGAAGCUGCCCAAGUUCGACAAGCUGAAGUAUGCCGACUCUGGGAAAUAUGAGUGUGAAUUUUCCAUGGCCGGUCUCACACAAAGACACUCCUUUACACUGGUCGUUGAAGGCAUGCCGGUGAUCAAGAGUCUGAACAAGGUGAGGGGCAACGACGGCAAGCACAAGGUCCUGAUCUGCGAGGUGGAGGGCUCCCCGAAACCCAACGUCCUGUGGAGCAUCAAUGGCACUUCCGAGGAGAGUGCCUACGUCGACGGGAAGAUCACUCACAAGAUUGUCAUGGUGCCCACGGCCAACCUCACCGUGUCUUGCACGGUCUUUAAUGACCUGGGCCAAGACGUGAGGGCCAUAAACGUGUCGUCCUUAUUUAAGGAGGAGGAAAAAGUGAUGGAAAAACAAGACCAGACGGAUGACUCAGGCGACCAGGCCAAGCUGAUUGUGGGGAUUGUGGUGGGCCUGCUCUUGGCCGCAUUGGUGGUGGGGUUGGUGUACUGGAUAUACAUGAAGAAAUCCAAGCAGGGAAUGUGGAAAACGGGGGAGGAAGCCGGCACCUCGGAGGAGAGCAAGAAGCUGGAGGAGAACAACCACAAAGCGGAGGCGUAGAGGAGCCGAGCCCGCGUUCAGAGAGGAGGAAGGGAAGAAGUGGUAAUGAGAGGCCAUAGUGCAUUUACUCGCUGUUUGAGAGAAGAAGAAAAAAAAAAUCAAAAAGGAGACAUCGGAGCGUUUUUUUUUCUUGAACAUAGAUGACAUCCAUCAGGCUUUUAGUGCAACUUGACCAGCAGAUCUUUCUCCCAAAGUCCUGAGAUGUACAUACUUACGCACCCACGGUCACAGAAAAAAAAAAAAAAAAAAGAAAUUGAAAGAAUGUGUUGUAUAUGGAUUUUUAUUUUGCUGAGUGUGCACUGAAGACUGCUUUUUCCUCCUUUUUGUGUUCCUGGUGAAUGCGCUUUCGUACUCGGUGAAGUAGGUUUCUGGUAUUUUUUCAAUUUUUUUUUUCUUUUUCUUCAUCUUCUCUUUUGGGUAAAAAUGUCAAUUCACUGUACACUACUUAGGCCUAUAUAAAUACACAUAGCCAGUGGUUUCAUGGGCAAGUAUAGUUCGUUUCCUCCGCUCUCUAGCAGGACUGCUGUACACCAAGGACUAAUUGGACUAUUUGGGGAAGAAUCUAUGCUUGUUAUUGCGACUCUGUGGGUUUCCGCUUGGGAGAUGCUUCACUGCUGUUACUUCGCUACACCUCAAGAAUUCAUUUUUGCAUUUGCCGCUUUCAUUCCAAGUGUCAUUUUAACGUCGGUUCGGUUAAAGAGUGGAGUGCAGCAUCUAGGAUUUUGUUUUGGGAAAUAAAAUGAUUGGGAGUUUUUAAAAUCGCGAGCCGAAUUGUCACACCACCCUCUUUUAUUUUUUAUUUUUUUGGUAUGCCAAUCUUUGGGAAAGUUAUGCUGUUUAGUCUUUUGUAACCGUUCUCUUGUUCCUUCACGAAAAUGAGUAAUAUUUCAUUACAAACAACAAAAUAUAUAUAAUAUACAAAAUAAACAGUGCGUUGGAUUUCAUUUUGUCAGUCUGCACCUCUAUGGUACUUUUGCUGGUUUGUGUGGAAACGCUUACUGUGCCGUAAGAACUGGUGAGCAUCCACUGUAGUUUGAGGAGAUUUACUGUACCUGUAAAUAUGGCUGAUCCCCAGAUGCUUUCCCCCCCCCCCCCCUGUUAAUACUGUACAAGACAUGUUAGCUGUGCCUUUGGCGUUAGAUAGGUUUAGUCAAUUUUGCCUUCAUUCUUUCACAAAGUUUUUCACUUCAGCUGUUUGAGAAGGUCGUGUACAGUAGAUCAACUCCUUGCAUUCUUUACAAAAAUAAUAAAUAAAAAAAAUGCUGUUAUGUGAGCAAAUUUCCUUUGUUUUAAUUUUCGUUUUUGAUUGAAGGACGUUGCGGAUAAGGUGCAGGAGGGAACUGUGAAAGCAUUGUUGCGUUAAUAGUUUUUUUGUUCGUUUUAUUUUAGUUGAUUAAAUCCAUCAGGUCAGCAGUGAAACCAAAGAGGGUGAAGUGAGAAGGCCAUAUAAGUAUUGUAAAUACUGACUUUUGUUUUUGUACUUUUGUUUAAAAUAAAAUGUACAUUUUGAAGAAAACAAUAAACUCCUGAAAAUACA